AUGGACGACGGAGAACUCGAUUUCCCAAGCAGAGAAAUGCUGUCCUGUCUAGAUUUGACCAAUGCCCAGAGCAGCUGCUCAUUCGACAUAGACGAGUUCUUGGGCCGAACGCAAUCCUGCAACAAUGCCUUGGGCCGUACUGAGGCCUACACCGACAUUCUGGGCCAGACCCAAGCCUGCACCCAUGCCCAUGCUUGCAACCCAUCUGGGCCCGACAAGGCACAUACCCACACGUGCAUUCAUGUCCACACCCAGAUAAUGCCUUCACCCAGUGAUGACACGGCCGAGUCCAUCGAGAAAAAUGGCAAGAAACAGCCUUUGGGCAACCGUGAGGCUGUAAGAAAAUACAGAGAGAAGAAAAAAGCUCGGGCCGCCUCUUUAGAAGAUGAAGUCAUGAGGUUGAGGGCCAUUAAUCAGCAGCUAAUGAAGAGAUUGCAAGGCCAGGCAUUGCUGGAGGCUGAGAUUGCUAGGCUUAAGUGCUUGCUUGUGGAUAUUAGAGGUAGGAUUGAAGGGGAAAUCGGGUCUUUUCCUUACAAGAAGUUAAAUAAAUCUGGUGAUAUUUAUCAGAAUAUGGCUAAUCCAAAUGUUGCUGCCGGUACUUAUAUGAUGAGUCCUUGCGAUAUGCAAAGUAGUGAGCAGCUGUACUGUUUGCAAACAGAAGGUACGGUUAACGGUCAGUGUUUCGGGAAUCGGAAUAUUGAGCAGAAGGAUCUUUUUGCUGAUUCUGAUAUUGGAGAUCAUGUCGUUGGUAAUGGCAAUGCUAGUGGAAAUAGGAAAAGAAAAGGUGCACGUGCAGCAAUUGUUAGCUGA